AUGACCAGAGGAUACAUUGAUGAUUCGGUGAAUCAUGCUUUAGAUUCUCGACUAAUUGGUUCAAGCGUUUUUCAAUCGUCAGAUGCUUUGCUGGAUCAAUUAUUAUCUCUUCAUUAUAGAGCCCAUUAUCACAUAAACAUUUCUACAAAGACAAAAUUCAGUGCACUGUCGGCCCUUUUAUCUGAAGUGGAGAAGUUGCCCGUUCUAAAGGAUGAAUUACACUGUGCAAUUGCGGACAAUAUCUAUGGUAUUGUUUUCUGUGAACUUGAUGAAAAGGAAAAGGGGUUGCAGUACGUCUCUAAGAAGUUAGGCAGCGUUAAUGGAUACGAUAGAUUUGGAAGAAUGCUAGAUUUGGAAAGGCUAUUUUAUAAGGGAAAUGUCGACUUAGCUGAGUUUUCCUCUGAAAGCUGGACUAUUCCGAAAUAUUCUGAUGGCUUAACUUGGCAUUAUUUGCAGGCAAUAAUAAAAGGGCUGGACCUCUCUCAUUUUAAGCCAAAAACACCAUUCCAAUGGAUGCUUUUGACCCUUAAUGGUUCUGCAACUGACUCAAAUCUUCUAUCUUAUAGCCAUUCAUUAUUGAAGAAAAGUCGUUUCCCUAAUGCUGAUGAAUCAAAUAAUUUUGAACUAGAACAAUUCCACAUGGUCCUACAAGAGCAUCUCAAAAUAAAUAAUUUAAAUGUGAAGAAAGAAUGGGAGCAAUUUAUCAUUGAUAGUAUGGAAAAAAGUUUCCAAAGUAUUUCGGUUGCAAAAUCAGCAAUGCUCUUUUAUCGAAAGGUCGAUCUAAAGAGGAGCAUUCUAAACUUUACCAAUUUGGUCAAUUAUUCAAACAAAUAUUACGAACUUAACAAAAGGUAUCCUGACUUAUUAGACUUAGUUUCAUCGUACCAAUUCAUUCUGUCUACAUGUAAAACGCCAUUUGAACCGUUCUUCAUGCCAGCAAACGUAUCAUCCGAUUUCUUAAAGUUGCUAGAAAGAAUUCACAACAAGUACAGUAUCCCUAUUAUAGAAAAACAAAAGGCACUAGAAGGCAGCUCAGAUGUAUUGGACUUAUGUCUAGCCUCAUCAACAGCUUCUGUUCUAUCCAGUUCAUGGGAAACGUUAUACGAAACUAGCGCUUCUUCUCUCCCAGCCUUGGUAGAUCACAGUCAGAUAUUUUACCUAUCGAAUUCUUUGCAAACGUCUUUGAACGCUUCUGUGUCAUUAAAGUUUAAGUUCGCUUAUCAUUUGGCUACAUUAAGACAAAUUGACCAAUGCAUCGCUUAUCUAAAAAAACAAAUAUUAACACUUCAUCCAGAACAUUUCGCUAGUUGGCAUCUUCUUGCGUUAUGUGAAUCCUGCAUCAAUGAAGAUUUACAAGUAAGUUUCAAAAUUAUCAAUUCUGUCAUUCAAUCAAUGUGUGAACUUUUCGAUGAAGGCAGGCAAUUCACAAUUGAUGAAAAAUGGCAGUUUAUUCACAUUAAAUUAACUCAACUUCAACUAGUUAGAGACAUGUUUGCACUUGAAGAUGCACUUGAAAUUUUGCCAGAGGUAUUCGAACUUUAUCAGCGUCUCUUUUCAGAUGCUUCAGAACCCCUUGGUCCUCAAAUCAAUCAGAGUAACGACUAUCUAUUGCAGAAGAUUUGGUUGUUUGCAUUGGAAUUAUACCUGGAAAAUGACGAUAUCGAAAAUGUAAAGGCUGCGUUAGAUGAGUUUAAGAACGUAACUUCAAAAUAUGUUAAUUUGAACCACAACCUCGCACAAGGAUUCGUGUUGUAUACACAUGGUCACUCUGAAAAAGCGACAGCGGAAUUCGAAAAAGUUUUGCACUAUGACUCUACAUCUGUCGAGGCAUUGAUCGGUUUGGCAAAAAUCGUGCUUCCUGAUGAAGAGGCAAACCUGGAUACGGAUCUCAAGCAUAACUCCAAAAUAAACCAAAAGGAGCUACAUAGAAAUUCUGCCACGUCACUCGAAACUUCUUCUGCUGUAGCCAGACUUAAGUUCUUAUUCGAAGAACUAGUCGAUAAAUCGAUAGAAGGUUAUCAAACAUCUGCAGUGUGGUGGUAUCUAUCAAAAAUAUACGAAAUAUAUUCUGAUUCUACCAGACAACAGGAGGCGCUAUGGCGAUGCAUCAAGUACGAAGAACUUCAACCCGUUCGCGAAUUCAAGUUCUGUAAUUUCUGA